GCUUAAGUAGUACAACAAAUAAAUUUCGGUCUUGAUUUUCGACUUCCCCUCAACAGUCUCUCUUAAAUCCCUGCGAACGUCCUCCCACUAUGGGGUGCUGGAGGCGAUUGCCGGCCGAGAUUCGGUCGAUGAUCCUCGAAAUAGUAGGAGAGGAUUACAGGUUCAAAUCCGAACCGUACGCCCGCGCCGGAUAUGCCAGCGUCUGUCGGGAGUGGCAACGGGUCUUUGAACGGAGGAACUUCCAGCGACUUGUCCUGGACCAAGACCGCAUAUCUGGCCUUGAACAAUUUAUGGGCACGGAGGCUACCAGACACAGACGAGAUUACCUCGAGCACCUGUUUCUUCGAGUCAGGCUUGACGAGUACGAUUGCACAGUCUGCCAAUCAAGAGAGGACCUUGAAACAACCAGGAAUUCUAUCGGAAAAUCACCGCCAAAUCCCUUAGCAAAGCUCCUCCGUGAGGCCUUCACAUGCCUCCGGUGGUUCCGCCAUGAAGGAUGGCAUGAUGUCAGCCCACGGCGGCAGUUAGUAUUUGAGAGGGGCUACUUCAGCCUAGUUUGGAGGUGCUUACCGAGUACUCUCCGGGAACUCUAUAUAUUUGAGGACUUCGACAAACUUCUACACCCCGAACGAUCCUCCAAGCGAGCAAGCCGACCUUUGGGCAGAGCCCUCUCAAUGUCCAGCCGUUUCCUCGAGAGUUUGUCUGCGGCAUUCCUUGUGGAUGCCGAGGAUUUCUUUGCAGACUUCUAUCCGACCCAGCCACAAAAUCCAACCGUAAUUCCCUGGGAGAAUCUUCGAGAACUGGCCCUGACAUCACAUGUGCUACAUCAAAAGAUGGGGCCCGGAAAGAUCAAGAGGUUGCUGAUGGCUGCAGGCCGUGCGGCUGCUUUCAUGCCCAAACUUGAGGUCAUGGAGAUAUGGAACGGUGGCGAAGGGCAUUUGUGUUUAUUCCGAUACAACAACAAUGCUGGAAACCGUCAGAUUACCUGGGCACGAAAUUGGGGCACCACGGUGCAGUUCGGUUACGACGUGAUCAACUGUUGGGAAAAUGUGCCGAAUCAUAGUCAACAUGUUCAGGGCAAUCUUACAACUACGGUUCGGGGGAUCCCAGUAAAGCGCAAGCUGGUGAAGACUUAUGCCAAUACAAUUCGUCACCUGAAACUCCGCAAGAACAUUUUGGAUCUCAUUUCGGAUUAUCAGGAACGGUGGGAGGAAUAUGAGCGAUCAAAAGAGGACAAGGACGCGGCUCGAAAAUUGGAGGAGGGCUCCAUCACCAAGAAGGAGGAGCGAGUGGGUUCCUUGGAGAGACGCAUCCAGAAUUUGGAGGAAAAGGCCACAUUUUUCGAGUGGUAG